AUGCCAGCCUCAAGUCCUUUCGAUAUAACGGUUGAUGAUUCAGUGACACUGACCCAGAUUCUGACAAAAAUUGAUUCUUCAAACGUGACGUUAUCAGCCACUCCUGGCGCGGGAGAGACGCAGAUUGCAAACUAUUUGGAAGAAUGGCUGGAUUAUCGUGGGAUUGAAAAGCACCGAAUUGAGACUGUGGCCGGCCGGCCAUCAAUAGUAGGUGUUAUCCGAGGUUCCGGUGGUGGAAAGUCACUCAUGCUGAAUGGUCAUAUCGACACCGUCAGUUUGAAUAGCUACGAACACGAGCCUUUAUCCGGCCAUGCAUUUGAUAAGGGUGGUCACAAUGCUAUCUUUGGCAGAGGUGCCUUGGACAUGAAGUCAGGUCUUGCCGCAGAAAUGGCAGCUCUUGCCUCUAUCAAAGCCCGCGAAGCCCCGCUGCGGGGAGAUGUCAUUUUCGCUGCUGUCUCGGAUGAAGAAGAUAAAUCUCAAGGCACCCAGGAUCUGAUCGCCGCUGGCUGGCGUGCAGAUGGUGCUGUAAUUCCGGAGCCUACCAAUCGGGUUCUGAUCACUGCUCAUAAGGGCUUUAUAUGGGUCGAGGUAGAUAUUCUAGGCACUGCGGCUCAUGGCUCAGACCCGACCUCUGGAAUUGAUUCGAUCCUCCAAACUGGCUGGCUGCUCACUGCACUGGAAGAAUAUCAAUAUCAUCUACCAGUUGAUGAAGUUGUCGGUUCUUCGUCUCUACACUGUGGUCUAAUUCAUGGAGGAGAAGAACCGUCUUCAUACCCAGCAAAAUGUACCGUGACGAUUGAAUUCAGAACUAUCCCGUUGCAGACGGAUACCUUCAUUUUACAGGAGCUCAAGACUAUCUUGGACAAUAUUUCCAAACAUCGACCUACUUUCAGGUACUCUGAGCCUCGGAUCACGUUGUCGCGACCGUCGCACAAAUUGCCUGUUGAGCACCCUUUGGUCCAACAGACCGCUGCCAUUGCUACUGAUGUCUACGGGUACCGUCCGUCCAUCGAGAGUAUGGCCAUAUGGUGUGAUGCCGCUCUUCUAGGUGCAGUAGGUAUUCCGACCAUCGUUAUUGGCCAGGCUGGUCAGGUCAGGGAUUGCACGCAAAGGAGGAAUGGGUUGAGGUAG